AUGCCUCCUAUUCUACCACCACCUGGAUCCGUCCCUGAGUCAUCAGGAGGAGGCUCUGGGUUUGUGUCUGGCAUAGAGGCAGCGGCAGCAUCAGCACUAACCCUCGCCAACAGCAUUGCAUUCAGACCUACGACUACUCAGCCCGCAAAAUGUAGUAAACUCAAGAUUCGCAUCUUUUUUGAUUCCACCAUCUUUCAGGCUGGAGGGAAUCUAUUUGGUCGCAUGGAGAUCACUGCAACUAGCUCACGGUCUUUGAAACUAGGUGAAAUUGCUGUUGAAUUGGCAGCCUAUGAAGAAAUCACAUCCAAAGAUUUCACUGCAACCCAGUCCUUUCUCUCGUCGCGUCUUUGUUUUCAAGGCCCGAAUAUCCCACCCUCCAAUGCGGUCCAUGGUCCAUGUGAUGAAGACGGAUUCUGGAUGGCCAAGAAGGGUAAGACCACAUUUCCGUUUGCAUUUCAACUCCCUCUGGAUUGUCCUAGUAGUCUGGUAUUUGGUCAGACAGCCAGUCUUCGAUAUGUUGUCACAGGGCUAGUUCAGGUCUUCUAUCAUGGUAAAGAUGAAACCAUCAUGAAAACGAAGGAGGCUUUCGUAGUAGAGGCGUGGGACGGAUACAAUCCAGAUUAUAAAUUACCUGUUCAGGCAAGCAAUUCAACAAAGCUGUUUUGGGGUGGCAGUGGAUCACUUGUUCUCGAAGCGAAGCUAUCGGAGAAACUACAUAGUGCAGGAGGAAAUUUGAAUGUCGAGGUCAAGGUCAAGAACAAUACGAGUCGUAAGGUUCAAGGCAUCCGCCUAGGCGUCGCAAGGAGGCUGGAAAUGGUCUCGAAUAAAGCCAAAGCGCAACAAAAUCCAGGACUUCAGAUUGAUACAGUGAGUGUCUCGGAAGUAAUGGGGACACAGGAAUUCAAAUCAUCUAGCUACCUGUUCGACACAGGUGAGGAACGUACAACGACCCUCAAUAUGAUUGUCCCCGGGAAUGCCCGGACAAUUCGAGGAACAGCGCUGUUUGAAGUGACAUGCUUUGUUGUGGUUUCCAUGCUCCUAGGCGCAUUCAGUGGCGAAUUAUCUGUAGAGAUCCCAGUAAAAAUCUGUCAUCCUGCAUCCUUAACGCCCGCACCUAAACCGAAGCUAGAUGAAAAUCAUUUACCACAUCACUAUAAUCUUGUAGAUGAGGAGUUGGAUUUGGACAACAAUAAGCCGACUCGUUCCAGCAGAAGAGUAGGGUCCAAUGACAGCUUGGCCUCGCCAACGGCUGGUGGUCGUCAUGCUGGUAGUGGCACCGGACGCGAGUUGCCUUGGACUUCUGACGGAACCGAGAAACAGGAUGGAUAUGCAGAUAGUGGACGUAUGGGUGAAUGGAGUCAAGACGCGAGAGAGUUAUCUCCCGCUAAUUCUAUCACAUCCAUCAAAAGUAUCCUUUCUAGUCCAAAACAAAAACUAAGUAAGCUCGCGGACAAAAUCCAGCGAUCAACCAGUCCGUCAUCAAGUAGUCAUCUCCAACACGAACAUCGGCAAGGAUCUAAGCAUAUGGACGAACAGCAAGGACGCCGCCAGUUAGCUAAAUCGCCACCAUUGGGGCCUGCGAUGCCGAUUGCAUAUGUUCCAGCUGUGGAGCGUGUCCGUUACACACCAUUUCAGCCUCCACCGACAACCAAAGCCAAAGAGUUCUUGAAAGCUGCUGCUCAGUAUCAGCAAGAAAUGGCUAAGAAUGGUGCCCUAUCGCGUUUUGAAGGAGAUAACGUCGAAUUUGAUUUAGAUGAUAAAAAGAUGGCGUCCGCUAUUCAUCAAUGGAUUACGAAGAAAGAGCUUGAUGGGAUGUACGGUCAAAUGCCUGAAGCUCAACCAAUUGCUCGAUCCGUUUCGCCUAUUCAAAUCCCAGCUGCUUCUCCGAACAGGCGACGACCUGACGUAGAUCCUAUCAAUACGCAAGUUGGGUCAUUCACCUCUCAAUAUAGUCCUACAGGGGCAUCUCCGCAGAGCUAUGAUAGUCCAACGGCGUUUGGCGCCAGCAGUCAAUUCCCUCCGUCCCCAAAGGCCAUGCCUUAUACCAAUCAAACAACUUCUCGAUUCUUACACCACCCGCAUCGUCAGCCCGCAGCACCACAGACAGAAGCGUUUGGCAGUGCACCUGAAGACUGUAUUACCGACCCACCGCUAUUUGCGAAACCGCUACCCUUGCCCUCCCCACCAGGGGCCGGGUCGUCUUUGCGAGCAGGAGCCACCAUGGCUACAGCACGUGCGCGAUCUCUCUCCCCUGUCCCUAUUCCUCUUCAGACACCCGAAAGUUUAGCUCUUGCUCGAGAGGCGUUUGAACGCGUCAAGAAGAUUGCUUCCCCCGUCCAGGAUCAUAUGGUAGAUACUGCAAGCCUUAGGAAAAGUGCACCCCAGCCAGAGCCAGUUGGCCCCCACACUACAUCCUCUGUUGAAUCAAAUCCCAACACCAGAGUCCCUAUCCUAGUUUCGGUCUCUUCAAGCCGCCCAAAUAAUCCGUCAGGCCUUUCACGGCUCUUGAGUAGAAGUGCAGAGUCGACUGAUUUGCCAAAGGACCUGCAAGAGGGAGAAGCAACCAAGGACACUCCCUCCACGCAGCCAAAAUCUAGUGCUGAGCUGCGACACAUUCCGAUGAGUAGACCAUUACCUAUUCCAGUUCUUAAUUCACAACAACCAAACAUUAAAGCUGGUUCCUCCUCACGUAAUUUUGAGCCUAGGUUAAGCCUAGAAUCUAAGAUGCAGUCGGCUACGUCUACUUCGUAUGGACAGUCAAAGCAUUUGCAGCAGCCCCGGGGGCUAUCAAAAUCUCCACCGAGAUUCGAGCCACCGACACGAUCAGGCCAUUUACCUCUCAAAGAGCACAGGAAACAAGAUUCAAUCAGCUUUGUUCGACAAAAUGCCUAUGUCCCAAAGCCAACGCCAGUGCCCAAAGCAAAACCACCUGCUCCCAUUCAACACUCCAUCACCUCUACCCAAACCGGUUCGACCACUGGGAUCAAUGCCCAUAAUGUGAAGAAGAUUAACGAACGGAGCAUGAUACCAGGUGCAACUCAGAGUUCUAAUAGUGGAUUUGUUUAUCCCAAGGCAGCUCGUAAGCCAGUUUCAGGGACCAAGCCUUCUGUUGCGGCGAAGCCUAAGGCCUUGAGUAUUCCUUCGAACCAUUUAAAUCAAGAAACAGGAAAGUCACUUUCUCAUGUGCCUAUCUCAGUCGCGACUGCCAUGAUGAGUCCUGAGGAUCAUGCAAACGUCGAUCAGCAUCAUCCUCAGAAUCAUCCAAAUGAAGCAAGAGCAACAGAUGAUGGAGUUCACGAGCUUGAGCGACCAUUAGCUCCUGCACCUUCUGUAAGAGCUCCUCAAGUAAUUCCAGUCCUAGAGUCUGAAAUAGCCACUGCUGCUUCUCCUAGGGAUUUAACGAGUGCAAUAGAGGAAGCAGAUGAGGAUAAUAAGGAUACCAAUCAAAUAGAUCAACUUACGAGUGCAGAAUCACAACAGCAAAUGCACAAUGACAUCCGUGCUCAGGCCAUUGCAGCCAAGUACAGCAUCCGCGCAACUGGCGCACAUACAGGCGGGUACAUGCUGUGGAUGACAGAGAUGGCCAACCUAUAG